AUGGUUACAGCUAGCGUGUGGGCUCUGCAGCUCAUAUCACACAUCACUGCUGAUGUUUCACUUGAGAAUUACAUUGUGGAAAAUAUGAAGUCGGAGAUGGCCCAGAUACAACAGAAUGCGGUUCAAAAUCACACAGCCACCAUGCUUGAGAUAGGAACCAGUCUCUUGUCUCAGACUGCAGAGCAGACCCGAAAGCUGACAGAUGUUGAGACCCAGGUACUAAAUCAAACAUCCCGACUUGAAAUACAACUACUGGAGAAUUCAUUAUCAACAUACAAGCUAGAGAAGCAACUUUUGCAACAAACGAAUGAAAUUCUGAAGAUUCAUGAAAAAAACAGUUUACUAGAGCAUAAAAUCUUAGAAAUGGAGGGAAAACACAAAGAAGAGUUGGACACCUUGAAGGAGGAGAAAGAAAACCUCCAAGGCUUGGUUACUCGUCAAACAUUCAUCAUCCAGGAGUUAGAGAAGCAACUAACCAGAGCCACCACCAACAACAGCGUCCUUCAGAAGCAGCAACUGGAACUCAUGGACACAGUCCAUAACCUUGUCAGCCUUUGCACUAAAGAAGGUGUUUUGCUAAAGGGAGGAAAAAGAGAAGAAGAGAAACCAUUUCGAGAUUGUGCCGAUGUGUAUCAAGCUGGUUUUAAUAAGAGUGGAAUCUACACUAUUUAUUUUAAUAAUAUGCCAGAACCUAAAAAGGUAUUUUGCAAUAUGGAUGUGAAUGGGGGAGGUUGGACUGUAAUACAACACCGUGAAGAUGGAAGUCUGGAUUUCCAAAGGGGCUGGAAAGAAUAUAAAAUGGGUUUUGGAAAUCCCUCUGGUGAAUAUUGGCUGGGGAAUGAGUUUAUUUUUGCCAUAACCAGUCAGAGGCAGUACAUGCUGAGGAUUGAGCUGAUGGACUGGGAAGGGAACCGAGCCUACUCCCAGUACGACAGAUUCCACAUAGGAAAUGAAAAGCAGAACUAUAGGUUAUAUUUAAAGGGUCACACAGGGACAGCAGGCAAACAGAGCAGCCUGAUCUUACAUGGUGCUGAUUUCAGCACGAAGGAUGCUGAUAAUGACAACUGUAUGUGCAAAUGCGCUCUCAUGCUAACAGGAGGUUGGUGGUUUGAUGCCUGUGGUCCCUCCAAUCUAAAUGGAAUGUUCUACACUGCGGGACAAAAUCAUGGAAAAUUGAAUGGGAUAAAGUGGCACUACUUCAAAGGGCCCAGUUAUUCCUUGCGUUCUACAACCAUGAUGAUCAGGCCCUUCGACUUUUGAAAGUGCAAUGCCUAUAUUAGAAACCUGCAAAGAAAUCUGGGGAUGCCCCCAGGUGAGAAGCUAUUUGGGAGCUUCAGAAACAAAUAGCAUUGAUUCCCUUCCAGCAGCAAGUGGAUUUGUGAUGUCACCAGGAUUCUUGACUAGGGAUUUGGAGCCUACUGAGUUCAAGAAAGUCUCCACUUGGGUCACUGUGUUUGAGUGGAUUGUAUCCAGAGAAUGCCAUUCAUUGUCAUGCUUUAAAAAGGGAAGAAACUCAGCUCUCCGUGCUUCAAAGUGCUACUGGAACAUAUUUUGAACCUAUAACACCCUGCUGAUAAAUGCAGCUUGUUUUAUACAAAAGAAAAAGACGAAUGAUCAGCAAAGAACAUAUAUGAAAAAAAUGAGAUCAGGCCUACAGGAAUCUGUUGAAGAUGGAGUGCAGAGGUGAAUUGGUAUCAUUCUAGAAAAUACUGCUAACAAAUAAUGCUGAUGUCACUGCACAAGUGUGACAUAAAGAACAGCCUUGUCCUCUGAGUUUGCUAAAUGUUAGUGGUCUUUAGAAGCCCAUUUCCAGCAAAUAUGAUAUUUACUAAUUGAUUUCAGUUUUCUCAUGUUCAAGUGUAAAUCUGUUUUUGUACGCCAUGAUACAAUACAGUAUGUUGGAUAACAGUGAUGCUCAAAGAUUCUGAGUUUGGGGGAAUACGGUUUUCAAAAGAUAUAAAGUAAAACCAAGAAUGGUCAUGCUACAGUAUUCAUUUGCAUUAAAAUCGACUGACACACAAAUGUGUUUAGAGCCUAUAUAAGGAAUGGAAACUUUACCAUCCAGUUCUUAAAUCAAUAUGCAUGUACUUAAUGUUCUCAUUGAUAGUAUAUAGCAAAGCAUUAUGUGGCAUGCUUGAAUUAGAACAGCCCAUUGUACAGAUAUCCCUGCAUGUAUUUGCAAUAGAUGACACCACCUUUUUAAUGUUUGUUGGCCUUAAUUUUUCAUCCAGAUUUUUCAUGCUAAUUUAAUUUUUGUUAAUUAACUACAAUGUACUCAAUAAAUGCAUCCUGCUCCAGUUUUUUUUUUUUAAUAAAAGUUACACUUUGAAGUCUACAAAGAAUGGAAGAAUUUUAAGUAUGAUUGUACAUAGUUUGUUACUCCCAUCCAUGCUCAACUCGGUACCUGUUCAAUCUGGAGUGCACAAUGCUGUCUUCAACUGAUGAUUAUAAAUAUGAGUGCUCAAAGGCAAUUCCUAUACUACUUGAUUAAAUAUAUUACUCUUCACAUUCUUUCUUCUCUCCAGGCUCUAUUUCUUCAAGCAAUUUCUAUCUUGUAAAAUAAUAUUAGUGGAGAAAAUUGGCAUAACUCCUUAUAUAUGAAAAGUACAAAAAAAAUCAGUCAUUAGACUAGGACAUUUCUGAAUGUUAUCUGCUAUAAGUGCCUUAGUUAAGAUGUCCCCAUGGCAUAAUCUAUUAUAAGUGAAGUUUUGAAUGCAGGAUUUUGUGAUAACUUGCUGUUACUGCAGUAUUCUAUCAAGACGUGUUCUUUGUCUAUAAAUGUUCAAGGCUGCAUUAGAAAAAAAAUUUAAUCAAACACGAUUUACUAUGAAAUGAGAAAACUAAAUAUAAGCAUUAGUUCUGCUUUCUCAGAAAAGGAGAAGAUUUUCUGUGACAUACAAGCACUAAAAUAUCAAUCUUCAUAACUCCACAAUGCCUUAGUGGCUUUUCUCUAUCUGGGAGACUAAAGCUAUUCAUGGUUUUAAGAAAAAUGUUUUUUUUUGUUUACCAUCACAUUUUUCUUGUAUUUAUAAUGUCUACAUAAAAUGCCAUUUUGCCUUACAAGUGGUAUAAGCAGACAUUACAGAGUUUUUCCAAUAUUAGUGACUCCUUCACAGCUCUCUUAAGCCUAGCCCUCUAAAACCAUUGCUUUCGCUUAGGUGAAAGAAAAUGAGUGUUUUUGUGGUUGUGGUUGUUAUUGUUGUUCCCAUAGGUUUUCUAAAACCAAUCUUGGAUAAGGUAUACUGUUUUUCAAUUCAUAUUACAAAAAUAAAGUGAAAUGAUGAGGAAAAGGCAUGCUAUUUACUGUUUUGUUAUGUGGGUUUGAAAAGUGAGAUAUUAUUUUCAAUUAUUUAUAAUAAAACAGUAUAAAUGUUUGGUGACGCUUUUGUAUACAUUAUACAGUGCCAACAUGUG